AUGGACGCCGAGACCAUCUCCCACGUCACCCAGUCCUUCCACCAGAUCUUCUCCCACAUCCCCUACGCGGUGUACGGCCUCUCCGCCCUCGCCCAGCACGGAUACACCGCCCGCCUCCCCCACACCGUCCACAUCCUGUGCCCCGAACACACCCGCCAGACCAUCCUCCACUGGGCCACCAUCAAGCAGCUGACCCGCCUGUCGCCCACCCAGGACGGCCGCGACCACUGGGGCGCGGACGACAAUGGGUACAGCAUCUACUCCACGGAGUUCCACGGCGGGGGCAACAUAGAGAACAACGACCUCGUCCUCGCCGUAGCCAUACCGGACGGCAGCCUCCGCCGCGUCAGGAUCGUCUUUGAGGACCAGGACGAGUUCAACAGGCUGCCCACCGUCCCCUGCCCCCGGACCACCACGUCCGCGCAUGUUCUGUCCCUCCCGGCGAUUGUAACCAGGAUAGUCCUUGGGUAUCACAAGUCUCUCACCGAGGGCGCCUCGAUAAGCACGCAGAAAGCCAUGGCGGAUAGCUUGGUGUGGGUGUUGUACCAGAUAAUCAAUUCCCCACCCAGCGACAAAAUCAAGUUCGACGGGACAUGGAAAACCAACCUUUCUAGCGGCUUGUUCCUGGUCCCGUUCACAGAAUCAUUUCCUAGAGCAAAGCCGCUGCUCGAACAGGCAGGAAUCGAGGUAAAUGGCUAA